ACUUUCUGAGAAAUGAAAGAGGAAAACCAAGCUGCAGAGCAGGGGUGGGGAGAAAUGGGCUCAGAGGCAGUCCAAGCCCAGGACAAGGGAUCUGGGAUGUCCAUCUUUAGUGCUGAUCACCAUUUCAGGGGCACCAGGACAUCUUCCUGGCAGCUGUCACCACUGCUGAUGUAGAAGAUGUGUCUGGUGGUCACUGCUGGUCAGAGCUGACACAGGCAGUGUGAACGCUGAUUUGGAGACUGCUUUUGCAAGCCAGGCAAUUUCAGCUCUGCGCUCGGUUUCCUACGAUCUUGUCAGUCACUCAUCUGCUUACCGUCACGCCAAGGACUGUUGCUUUGUGUGCUCAUGAAGAACUACCCCAUGAGCCUGAUGCUCGUGCUGAUGGGCCUUGCUGCCCUCCUGGGUGCCUGCCAGGCCCGCACGGAUUGCUACGGCAAUGUAAACAGAAUUGACACCACUGGGGCUUCAUGCAAAACUGCAAAACCAGAGGGCUUAAACUACUGCGGAGUUCCAGCUUCAAGAAAGAUUGCUGAACGAGACCUACAAGCUAUGAAUAGAUACAAAACACUCAUUAAGAAAGUUGGCGAAAAGCUGUGUGUUGAGCCCGCUGUGAUUGCUGGCAUCAUCUCUCGUGAAUCUCACGCUGGUAAAGUACUGAAGAACGGCUGGGGUGACGGUGGAAAUGGAUUUGGCUUAAUGCAGGUUGACAGAAGAAGCCAUAACCCCCAGGGAACGUGGAAUGGAGAAGUCCAUAUCACUCAGGGCACGACAAUACUUAUCAAUUUUAUAAAGAGAAUACAGAACAAGUUCCCACGGUGGACAAAGGAUCAGCAGCUGAAAGGUGGGAUUUCUGCCUACAACGCCGGAGACAGGAAUGUCCAAAGCUAUGCAAGGAUGGACAUUGGCACUACCCAUGAUGACUAUGCCAAUGAUGUGGUCGCUCGAGCCCAGUAUUACAAGCAGAAUGGAUACUAGGCUGGCGCACCUGCACUGAGUGACUUCCCUCCCAUCAC